AUGUCCAAUUCGGUCACUCCUGUCAUUUCGAUCACGCGAUCUCGACGAGUCUCUGUCAGCUCACCACUCAGAUUCACACGAACAUUUUCUGAAGAUUCAUUUGAUUCUCUUGAAAAAAAUGGGCGAAAAGAGUUGAGAAGGCAACGGAUAAUGGAGAAUACUAGCAGUAUUGAUAAGGAAAAGUCCUCACUUAGCCCAAUUUACCAUACAAACUGUCCCCAUCUCGGACAAAUGGGUCGCUCACAAACUGAGACUGUCGAAUCCGACACUCUACGAUUGCCAUUAUCGGCGAAACGCUCGACUGGCGAUCUAUCAUGUCCGCCAUCGCCAAUUCGACGCAAUCUCAACGAGAUUAUUGGACUAACGUCAUAUCAACAGAAACUGCUUACCCAAUGCUGGCCGAAUAUCUACUCGACAGGAGCGAAUGGUCAGUUUGCCACAAGCUUAUACACUUCAUUGGGAAACCGAAACGCGAAAGCUCGUCAGUUACUGGCAAAGGCGAAUGGCGUUGCAGUAUUUUCAAAUAAUGAUAUGGAUUGCUCUGCGAUGCACUGUAGAUACACAGUUGAUCUCAUUGAUAGCAUUAUUCGGAAUCUUGACCAAGACCAUUCUCGAAUUACCAAUUAUAUUCUUGAUCUCGGAAAAACGCAUCGUCCAUUACGAGCAGAAGGACUCUCGAGUGCCGUCUGGGAUGAUCUUGGUGACACUAUAAUGGACAACGCGAGACGAUCGGAUACGGUUCGAAAGCAUAAAGAACUCCGUAGAGCAUGGCUAGCUGUGAUCGCCUAUAUCACCGAUAAUUUAAAACAUGGCCAAGCGAUGACGCGAGCAAGCAGCAGUUAUGAUCUGACUCACGAACAUCCGAAAUCGCCCUGCGUCAAGAAGAAUUCGUCAAAUUAA